AGACUGGGGAAACCAUGACAAACACCACUUAAGAUAUUGUAUAUAACAUCAAGAAAGAUCCACAACAGCGGGCAUGUCAUGAAAAGUUGCAUUUGUCCUGCCUUGUCUUGUUUUGCUUUUAUAGAAGUUGCACUCUCGCUUCAACUUCCAAUUGAAAACAUUUCAGAGUGGAAUUGAAAGUGCAAAUCAUAAACCCUUUAUGUCAAGAAACCAGUGCCAAACAAUAUGUCCAGCACAAGCAGGAUCACACCAGAUGCAGCUCAGGAUUGUGCUGCUGGGCAGAGCUGGAGCUGGAAAGAGCAAAGUGGCCAGAUUCCUCCUAGGAGGCAAGCAGCUAAAGGGUGAGAUAAGAUCUUGCGUUGUUUAUGAAGGAGAAACUGCAGGAAGGAGGAUCUGCCUGGUGGACACACCUGGAUGGGGUCGUUCUAUACUUCAUACAAGAGAGAAGAUUAAAAAUGAAGUUAUCAGAAGUGUAAACUUUUGCCCUCCAGGACCCCAUGCUCUAAUUGUGGUGUUACGUGUUGAAGGCCUUACUGAAGUGCCUUCUGUAAAACAACUUAACACAGCAAGCCGGCACAUGGAGUUGCUGUCUGAAAGGGCCUGGAAGCACACUAUGGUGCUGUUCUUAUGUGAUAAGGAAGUGGAGGAUCUCACAGUGGAAGCAUACAUUCAGAAAGCAAACAAAUUACUGGAAAAAUGUGGCAAUCGACACUACGUUCUCCAUUCUGAAGCCCAGGUCUCUGAGUUCCUCCAGGAAAUAGAGAAGAUGGUGGAAGGAAACUCUGGUGAUUUCUUCCUGCCACAGAUUUAUUAUGAAUAUUGUCAAACAAGAAUUAAUGAGGCUGAGGAAGCUGUAAUUAGGCGCCAGCAUGGAAAUCUCGAGGGGGGUCGUCAUUUUCUGAAUGAAGAUAAUCAGAAAGUGGACACUGUGGCUACUAAAAGCAAGUUUUUGGAAAGGAUGCUAGGACAACACUACCUCAAACCAGUGGGACUUAUAGCACUGGUCGUCGUCGGUGCUCUUAUUGGAUCAAUGGCUGAAUCUGUGUAUGUAGUCAUGGAGUCAUGCAUGGGAAUUGUCAUCUGAGUUGUCGUGACAUUUACACUCUGGCUUAUUGGUGCUGCAUGUUGUUCAGAAGAAAGUUCAGAUAUUCUUCAACAUUUGCAUUUUUUACUUUUUCAACAAGUAAACUGUAAAUAGAAGAGUGUAAGAACACUUUUACGGCAUUUCGCUGACGCUCUUAUCCAGAGCGACUUACAAUCUGAUCAUUUUACACAAUCGGCCUGACUGCAUGUCUU